GAGAGAGAGAGAGAGAGAGAGAGAGAGAGAGAGAUGAGGAGCAUGAAGGGAGAGGUGGUUCUGAACAUCCCUGCAGAGAAGGCAUGGGAAAUGUACAGAGACAACGAUAUCAUCAGCAAAAUAAACCCUCAGAUGCUUGCCCGAGCCGAAUACAUUGAAGGAGAUGGCAGCCCUGGAAGUUUGAGGCUUUUCAAGCUCGGCCCUGCUGUGAGCAACUACGUGAAAGAAUCAACACAGAAGAUAGAAAAGGUGGAGAUGGGGAAGUCGGUGACAUACCAUGUGAUUGGAGGAGAGCUGCGUGGGCUGUACGAUCCAUACAAGGUUACCUUCUCCUUUGCUCCCAUUGAAGGAAAAGAAAAUGAAAUGUGCAUAGCUGAGUGGAAGGCAGAGUUCGAGCCGCUGACUCCUGCAACGCCUCCGCCGGAAAAGGCGAGGGAUGCUGCUCUGGGAUUCCUCAAGUGGUUUGACAAGUUUGAGCUAAGCUACUAGUUAAUAGCUAUAUGUUUCUAUAUGUGAUGACAUGGUGAAUAAGAUGAUCAUUGUGCUUUGUAUGUUUAUAUUCCAGUUAUCUGAUAUUUAUGUAUGUUAAUUAAUACAAUCUCUAUGGUCUGUUAAUUA